CGGCGGGCUGAAAACAAUUACGAAUGGAAUAGACAGUAUGUUUUGUGAGGGCGUGAUACCAACCAGGCAGCCAAGUAUGGAUUCUGAUUGUAUUCCUUGCCGACGACGGUAACAAGGGUUAUCAAGCAUACGAAGACUUGCAGCUCUUGGAAGCCAUGGCAUUCGGUCGAAUACGGACUUUAGCUCUGAAUGGUGAUUUGGAAGCAACAAUGAGAAAGUGAUUGUCAAUAUUUAUAUAACUAUGGGGCAGUAGUACAUAUCUCAAGUACCGCGCAGCAAUAUUCCUCGGCUACUCUACAUCCACGAGCAUUUAUUCAAAUUUCGAUAUACAAACGCAAUCAUGGUAUCCUUUCGCUCUAUCUUUACUACAUUCUUGGUGGUAGCCGGUGCUGCCAUUGCUACACCCUCACCCAAACUUGCUCAGCAGCCCGUAGUCACCUACCUCGGCACCCAAGGACCAAUCUUGUCAAGCGGCGCAUGGACUUCCAAGGGAAUAGUAUACACAUCCGGCACCGUGCCCUCUCUCAACGGAACAAUCGUCCCCGGCGGCAUCAAAGCCCAAACCGCCCAAGUCAUUAAGAACAUUGCAGCUGUUCUCGAAGAAGCCGGUACAUCGUGGGAUUACGUCAUGAAGACUACUGUUUUUCUGGCCAAUAUGUCCGACUACACUGCCAUGAACGAGGUGUAUGCUGCUAUGCUCCCUAGCCCGAAGCCAGCGCGUACGGCGGUGGAGGUGGGCAAGUUGCCUGGAAACUUUUUGAUUGAGGUUGAGGCUAUUGCAGCGAUUCCUGAUUCAUGAACGGCGUGUAGAAGGUGUGGGGGAGGUAUGCGAAAUCUCGGGUAUGAGAUUUCAAAAUAAACAAUAAUGUUAAUAUCUCCCACUACGUAGCGAGAACCACUUCGUAACGAGAUGACUACGCAUAUUAAUCAUCUUGAGUCUUUCCUGCGCAGGUGGAUAAAGAUACAGCUAGUGUACUAAGUAUAUCAAGC